AUGCCGGACGACUCUCGGACCAUCGCAACGCAGACUCUGGUAUUCACUAUCGCCGGCUCAGUACUUGGUAAAAUCAUAGUAGCGGAUGAGGGCCAAUUCACGUCAGAACAGUACACUUUUAAUUGCAGUAUCGAGCGAUGGAGAAAAUUUGUCCUCCAGAGAUUGUUCCAGACCUACCAAAUCAUUGGCCUACGCACCGUACAGCGUGCCAUGACUCUUCUUGUCAAGGUAUGGUCGCGCAUGGACCGGAGAGACAUAGUGAUUGAUCCGGAAUUGAGGAUUGUCGGCCAUGUCCACUGGAUAGAUGUCAUCGAGGAAGAAGGGCUGGAGACGCUCCUUGGUUGA